GGGUAAUGGACGCAGAUUCCCUCAGCAUCUGCAAGCCGUGAAGGUUGAGCAAUAUUCAACGGAUUUUGCUUAGAAAUAAGGAAAAUAGACCGGCUGUCAUCAUGUAUGGUUUUGUGAAUCACGCCUUGGAGCUCCUCGUUUUAAGGAAUUACGGUCCGGAAGUGUGGGAAGAUAUCAAGAGGGAGGCUCAGCUCGAUAUUGAGGGCCAGUUCCUUGUUAGAAUCAUAUAUGAAGAUGGCAAAACAUACGAUCUUGUUGCUGCUGCAAGUAAAGUUCUCAAGAUCGAUGCAGGAGACAUCUUGCAGAUGUUUGGGAAGAUGUUUUUUGAAUUUUGCCAAGAAUCAGGAUAUGACACCAUCUUGCGAGUGUUAGGAUCAAAUGUUCGUGAAUUCCUGCAGAAUUUGGAUGCUUUACAUGACCACCUGGGUACCAUUUAUCCUGGGAUGAGGGCUCCCUCAUUCCGCUGCACCGAUGCAGAGAAGGGGAACAAUCUCAUCCUUCACUACUACUCGGAGAGAGAAGGCCUGCAAGACAUUGUGAUUGGCAUCAUUAAAACUGUCGCUCAACAAAUCCAUGGGACAGAAAUCGAGAUGAAGAUGAUCCAACCAAAAAGCAAGGAGUGCGACCACAUCAAGUUUCUGAUCGAGGAGAAGGACUCGGAGGAAGAGGCUUUCUACGAGGACCUUGACGGCUUUGAGGAGAACGGCACGCAGGAGACCCGGAUCAGUCCGUACACGUUCUGCAAGGCCUUCCCGUUCCACCUGAUGUUCGACAAAGAUCUGAUGCUCACACAGUGUGGCAACGCCAUUUAUCGCGUCCUGCCUCAGCUCCAGCCUGGCACCUGUAGCCUCCCAUCAGUUUUUUCUUUGGUCCGCCCUCACAUUGACUUCAGCUUUCAUGGCAUUCUUUCCCACAUCAACACCGUCUUCGUUCUGCGCAGCAAGGAGGGCUUGCUGAAUGUGGAAACUGUAGAGAACGAGGAUGAGCUAACGGGGGUGGAAAUCAGCUGUCUGAGAUUGAAAGGACAGAUGAUUUACUUGCCAGAAGCGGAGAACAUCCUUUUUCUUUGCUCACCCAGUGUUAUGAACCUGGAUGAUCUUACACGAAGGGGUCUUUACCUGAGCGACAUCCCGCUACACGACGCCACUCGUGACCUGGUGCUGCUUGGGGAGCAGUUUCGUGAGGAGUACAAGCUGACCCAGGAGCUGGAGAUCUUGACAGAUCGUCUGCAGCACACACUCAGGGCCCUGGAGGACGAAAAGAAAAAGACAGACAGAUUGCUCUAUUCCGUUCUGCCGCCGUCUGUUGCCAACGAGCUGCGACACAAGCGGCCUGUCCCAGCAAAGCGCUACGACAACUUGACUAUCCUCUUCAGUGGCAUUGUGGGAUUCAAUGCCUUCUGCAGCAAGCACGCCUCGGCCGAGGGAGCCAUCAAGAUAGUCAACCUGCUCAAUGAUGUUUACACACGUUUUGACAUCUUGACAGACUCCCGGAACAACCCUUAUGUAUACAAGGUGGAAACCGUUGGUGAUAAGUAUAUGACAGUGAGCGGCCUUCCAGAGCCGUGCACGCACCACGCCAAGUCCAUCUGCCAUCUCGCUCUUGAUAUGUUGGAGAUUGCUGGACAAGUCAAAGUGGAUGAUCAACCAGUACAGAUUACUAUUGGGAUCCACACGGGAGAAGUGGUGACUGGAGUGAUUGGCCAGAGGAUGCCCAGAUUUUGCCUUUUUGGAAAUACGGUCAACCUCACAAGUCGUACAGAAACUACUGGCGAAAAGGGAAAAAUAAACGUCUCAGAAUAUACGUACCGGUGUUUGCAGUCGGCGGAGAACGCUGACCCUCAGUUUAAUUUGGAGUAUCGGGGCCCCGUCACCAUGAAAGGAAAGAAGGAACCGAUGAAGGUGUGGUUUCUGUCGAGGAAACCCACAGAGACACAGUCCUCCACAGUUAGUUAAAGCUUCGAUUCAACACUCAAACACCACAACUUUCAUCUAACAGAAGCUUCAGUACAUGCAUUUAUAAUUAACACACAUUCUGAGGCAGAGAUGAGAUGGAUCAGUUAAAAUACAAAAAUUAUAAUCUGUCCACAGACGUACAGAUAUAUAUAGAUAUAAUAUGACGAGCCUGUACCGUUGCUCUCCCAGCUUGUUUCUGCUUGACCAUGAUCUGUUGUGACCUCACUCUAUUUUUUUAGCGUAGACACAGUAGUGAAGUGUUUUAUAAAUGGUAAAAGUUAGUGAUAUUCAAGUUUGAUACAUUUUUGGACUAGGUACUCUCUCACAUUGUUAUUGUAUAUAAAAAUCAAAAAAGGUUUUGAUAAGCGAAACAUUUUCCAUCCAUCUUAAAUAUGUUUAGUUGCUCAUUUUGCCCAAUACUGUAUUUGUUCUUUAUUGAGAAUUUAUAAUCUUCACGCUCAC